AAUACCACCAGUAGAGAUUGCAAAUUAGCGUGAUGGGAACUACAUGCCCCACAUUGCAUCCCUUUGCGCAAACUCACAUCGGCUCUACACCAUGGCAGACCACAAGUGGACGGGCUCUGUUAAAAGUCUUAAAGGUGUGAUUUUAGACAUGUGUGGUGUAUUGUAUGACAGUGGAGAGGGUGGAGGUGUACCGAUUUCUGGAUCCGUUGAAGCUGUGAAAAGACUGAAAGAGUCAGACCUGCAGUUACGUUUCUGCACCAAUGAGACCCAAGCUACGCGUGAGAAGUUCGUUGCUAAACUGCAGAGGAUGGGGUUUGAGCUGUCUGUCAGCGAGGUGUUCUCUCCUGCUCCAGCAGCUGUGUCCAUCCUCAAAGAGCGGGGUCUCAAACCCCAUCUCCUGGUGCAUGAUGAUUUAGUGCCAGAGUUUGACAGUGUGGACAAGACGAAUCCCAACUGUGUGGUCAUAGGAGAUGCAGCAGACAAGUUCUCCUAUAAAAACCUGAAUGACGCAUUCCAGGUUCUUAUUGGGAUGGAGAAACCUGUGUUGUUCUCUCUGGGACGAGGGCGAUACUACAAGGAGACAGAUGGUCUUAAGUUAGAUGUCGGAGUGUAUAUGAAGGCCCUAGAGUAUGCCUGUGAUGUUGAGGCUGAGGUGGUUGGUAAGCCAUCAGCUAUGUUCUUCCAGAGUGUUCUCAAUGACAUGGCGCUUCAACCACAUGAGGUCCUGAUGAUCGGUGAUGAUUUGGUGAAUGAUGUUGGUGGUGCGCAACAAUGUGGGAUGAAAGGCCUCCAAGUCAGAACAGGGAAAUACAGACCUAGUGAUGAAAGACACCCGACAGUCACCGCCGAUGGUUAUGUGGACAACCUGGCCGCUGCUGUGGACAUCAUACUGAGGCAUAGGAGUCAGUGAGGACCCCAGCAGGAUAUAGACUUCUAUGGUGCCUCAGCAAUGCAAUAGUGAAACACAAGAGUUUAGUUGCAAAGAAGUAAUUGGUACUGUAUUUGAUGUAGAUAUAAUUAGCACUUUUAAUCUCUGAUCCAUCAUCAACCAUUGAUGGAGAAAUCUCACUGUGAAACGUCCCAGUGUACCGGUCAUCACAUAAUGAAUGAACUCCGAGCACUUGUAAUGGUAUAGUUUUGGAAUUAUGUUAUUUUCCUUUUUAUUGUAAUUGUUUGUGUUAAUUGAGCACAUCAGUACACCAGCCAUAUAUACUGCAUGUAUACAGUACUGUCAUCAACAUUUGCCUGUGACCUCUGACAACAGAAGUGCUAACAUUGUGUGCCAUAAUGAUGACAUAAUUACUUACCGAUUACACACAGGUUUUGUGAAGUUGCAGACAUGACAUAAUUUAUGAUCCCAUUGUAGGAAUAGGAAGGCCUGGUUUGUGUAGAACAGAUCCGACUGUUGAAAAAGCCCAGUAGGGGACAUAGGAACUGUGAAAUGUACUGAAAAGAGUUUAGCUUUACUUACUGUGAUUUAGGAAUACACUCAUAAUUUGUCAGUUGGUGUUUAUAUGAACAAUAAUUAAACAACAAUUAAAGACAUUACUGUGAAA